GCUGUUAGAGGCGACGGGCGAGAAUCAAUCGGCAACCACGCGAGGAGGGCGGCCAUAUUGUGACGUCACCAUCCGGGACACAGGGCUGACAGCGCCACCAUCUUACCAGUCGUGGUGAGCACCUGACCGGAGGGCGACUGAGGAGAGUAGCGGAGCGGGAUGAUGUAAGGUUCAGGACGAUAUGUUUCGUAAUGUGGGUGUCCUCUUAACUCUACUGGCUGUACACGACCUAAGGACCAGCGCUGCCGGAAAUAUAGGAUGCCUCUUCAGUGAGACAUUAUGUGAGGAGGACCGCGAGUGGUGCUUCGACGACCACGCGUUCGGUCACUGCCUUUCUGACUAUGGCCACUACAAGGAAGAGGAUUUACACCGGUAUGACUUGGGGUCUGAGGAGCUGCGGCAGCUGGAGCAGGAGAUGCAGCGGCUCUUCCUCCUUGGUUACCGCUGGUCUCACGUCUACACCCAGUGUGUCCUCCAGACGCUGCUUCACUCCAUCCGUCUCAAAUCCGAGUUUGACAUAAGCAGCUGCAAUGGCGGCCUGGACCAGGACUUGGAAGGGGCGUUGAGGGCCAUAGAAGGAGAGGAACUGGAGCAGGUUGACCCGCGCAACCUGGCCAUCGUCCGCUUCACGCCGUCAGUCACCGACCCCCACUCAGACUAUGCUGAUGAGGUCUACUUCCCACCCAUCAAGGACCAGCUGCUUGAGGACCACCCAGGAAACCAACCAGACCAGGAUCAUGAACACCAGGAUUCUGUAACGAGUGGACAAGGGGGAGAAGGCGAAAGGAAGGGUGGCAGGACGGGUGGCAGGAUGGGUAGCGGAGGGGACAAGACUCUGAGCCGGCCCCCUCAGCUCGCUCCGCUCCCCGCCAACCCCCCAGGACCUCCCCCCAGCGAUGGCAAUGCCCCUCCUUCAGCACCUGACAACCUCCAUCCAAUCCCCGACAACUCCAGAGCUCUUAACUACAUCAACUACUUUGGCAACAUCAACGGGUAUGAUGAUGAUGAUGGUGACGAGGACGAGGAAGAUGACGAGGACGUGUAUCAGUCGCCCUACCACUACCAGACGCCCGUCAACCCCGUCUUCCGCAAGAGAGGGAUGCCAUCCCGGGGUAACUCCGAGUCAAGACAAUUGAGCUUCAACGAUUGGAAACAGGUGUCUGAUUUCCUGGAAGAUAUGAGGUUACAGCAGCCUAGUCGCUUCAGUACCGACGAGGCCGUGUUCUUCCCCGAAGGGUAUCUCGACGAGGAAGAGGACGAGGAUGAAGGCGUGUUUGAUGAACGGCCAACAAGACCCAUGUAUACCGAGGGCGGCCGUCAGUUCAUGCCGGGCGUUGACGAUGAGAAGGGUUUCAUGGAUCCCAGAGAGUCCUCGAGCUGGUCUAACAUGCCACAAAAUCUGCGUGGUGUGCCCGGAGGAUUUCGUAACUCACCUGACGAUCUACGUAACAUGCAAGGGAUGUAUGACAACCUACAGCGUUCCCCGGUAGACUUCAGGAACCUUCGUGGAGACAUGCGGAACGUGCCUAAUGAUCUGAGAAACUUCCCUGGAUUCCUGGGUCAGUAUGUUCCUCAGGAGGUCUACAUGCCUGACAACAUAGGACCUGAGAACACCCAUGACCGCCUCCUGAUGCAAGAUGAACCUCCCUUGGAAGCCAACUUCAGAGAUAUGACGCGGGACCGACUCUUACUGGAAGAUAACUUUCCAAACCAGUUUCCACGUACUUCAUCCAAGCUAUCGGCACUGCAAGAAGCGUUCGGGCCACAGCUGAGCAACCUGAGGGACUACGAUGACUUCCAGGAGUACUCAGAGAACGGCUUCUUGGAUGACUACGAUGACUAUGACAUGUACGUGGAUGGCCGACUGAGAUCUGGCCAGUCCAGCACACCCAAGUUUGUCAAGAAGGAUGAAGAAUCAGCGAAUGUGGACUACGACCUGCUAUCAAAUAUGGGUUACAACUUCCAGCGGCCAAUGCGUGUGGAUGUCAAGAAACCUGGACCCAAUUUCAACAGCAACAACAACUUCGCCUUCGAGUACACUGACGAGGACGACCGUGCUGACGAAAUGGUGGAUGAUGACGUAGCCACUUUGGAUGGUUUCGGCUUAGGUCGUGCCGGAGACGGUAUGUUAUUCGCUCGACUAGUGCAGGAGAUGCGAGCAGCCCCGUCCAGAGGAAGUAGAUCUGACGAGGUAAACGACGAGAAUGACGAAGAAGUUGAAGAAUCGAUGAUACCCAUCGGUACCAUGUUUGACAAGUCUGUUCCCGUAUCCACGGGGGUCUUUGUAUCCACGGGGUCUUGUAUCCACGGGGUCUUAGUAACCACGGGGUAUACACGGGGGGUCUUUGUAUCCACGGGGGUCUUUGUAUCCACGGGGGGUCUUAGUAACACGGGGGUCUUUGUAUCCACGGGGGUCUUAGUAACCACGGAGGAUCGUAGUCUCCACAGGAUCUUAGUAUUCACACCCCUCCGUGAAGAGUGGAAACCCGAAGAGCCCUCCAGGAGUGUCGAGAACAUAGUAGUAUAUGAACCACCCACGACAGCUCACACAGGAAGACUCAAUAAAGGAAGUCUGAUCUCUUUUGAUAAUCGCUUGGUGGACGAAUCAGAUGAUGACGUCAUUCCCGUAUUUGACCUGGAGAAGAAUGAUAAACGGAUACAGGAACCAAAAGACGAAGGAGAAGAGACGAAAGUUGGAACAGAGAGUUCGUCGUCGCCGUCGUCAUCAUCUUCGUCCUCGUCACCACCCGCCACGGACGACCCAGCAGACACCACCACCACUAUCACUACCACAACACUGAAGCCGCUACCACCAGCCACCUCCUACGUCCACAUCACCGUCAAUGAAGGGUUCCGGGACAAGGAGCAGGCCACUAGUCUUGCCAGGGAGGCCGUGUUGAUGACAGGGUUGAACACAGACUAUAUGGACAGGCUAAAGUAA